AUGGAGGGUUUGUCGAAGCAGGCACCCGGAGAGGGUAAGCAGAAGCGCCGCCGAAGCUUGGCCCAGCCAUCGCCAUCCCGAUGGCGGAGCCCGGUCCAGCAGCUGAGCUACACGACCGACCUCGUCUGCGCCCUCCGCCGCGUCCGGCGAGUGUCCUCUCCUUCUCUGGCGGCCACUCGCGCCGUCCGCGAAGCCGCCGACCGCAUCCUCGCGGCGGCCGCCCGCGGCCGCUCGCGCUGGAGCCGCUCCAUCCUCUCCACCCGCCGCCGCUCCCUCAAGCUGUUGCGCAGACGGCGCCGCGGCCCCCUUUCGGCGAGCUCUCGUGGCCCGCCGGCGACGUUGGAGCGCAAGGUGAAGAUGCUCGGCCGGCUUGUGCCCGGCUGCCGAAAGCUGCCAUUAGCGGCGCUUCUGAAGGAGGCUUCGGACUACGUCGCCGCCUUGGAGAUGCAGGUACAGGCCAUGGCCGCGCUCGCGCAGACUCUCUCCACCACCCCGCAAGACCGGUCCAGUUAG